GAGAGCUAGGCAAUAUCACACAGAAACCGAGUUUGGCAUGAAGAUGGCUUCCAUUCCUGCACUUCUUUUGUGCCUAAUAAUCCUUCUAAAUCUAUUGAUCUUCUUUUCUUUGUCACUCUCAGCUUCUAAACAGCAUAACCCUCUUCUUUCUACGCACGAGUUUAUUGUUGUGAAAAAGUCUAGUCGGGUGGCUGUGUUUUUCGUGUUUAAUGUUAUUGUUAUCACAAUCUGUCGUGGGAGUCUAAGUUCUAAGCCAUCCGAUGGAGAUUUUGAUUACUUUCUUUCUUUUCCUCCUAUAGUAUAUGAAUUUGAUGAUGAUACAAAAGAUGAAGCAAAAUAUGAAGAUUAUGAUGAUAGUGAUGUUGAUAACAGUGACGAGUAUCAUGGUGAUGAUGGUUAUGAAGAAGAUGAUGAUGAUGAUGGUGAAGGUAGCGAUGAUGAUGUUGAUAGUGAUGAUGAGCAAGUUGAGGAUUUGGAGACGAGGAUUGAAGAUUUCAUUGCCAAGGGCCAUAGGCAAUGGAGAGAGGAGUUGAUUUAUGAGAGGCUUCUUUGCAUUGCAGCAACAGAGUUUCAAUAAACGAGCUCUAGCUUCCAAGGUUCAAGAAAAAAAAAAUGCAAGUUUGAGUUGAAAAUUUGUUGUAAAUUUAAGUUUUUAUAUAUACCAAGAGUUUCUCUGGGGGGGUUGAUUAUAGCUAGUCUUGAUAGUUCUGGUUUUUUCUAAGGCACUACUACGACUCAGCAAAUGUACAUUAUUUGCUUGAAAUAUGUAAGAAUAAUGAAUUGUAUGAUAUUCAUAAAUAGUUACAAUAAUAUGAUUUAGAAGAAUACAUAAGUAUGAAUAUAA